ACACACACACACAUACACACACUUUCUGCUAAUUCUCCAUUGAAGAUGCUCCGCACAGUGCGAGAUCAGGUUAGGAAACAUCCCGGACUCAUCCCACAGUUUUUCUUCAUCUGUCUGGGAAUGGGUGGAGCGUUCCUGUAUUUGUUUCGUCUCGCAAGAGGACCUCAUGUCACCUGGAACAAGAGCAUUAACCCUGAACCCUGGAAUCAGCUCAGUCCAAACUACCAGUACAAGUUUGUGGCCAUUAACACAGACUACAAAAACCUGAAGAAGGAAGGACCAGACUUCUGAGUGAUUCACGGCUGUCUGCUCAACUUUCUCAUACAGAGACUGAAACUUCAUCACAACUCUAGAAUCAUGAAAAAAUGUAAAUAAUAAAAAUGAUUAAAAAAAAAAAAAAAAGAUAAUAAAAACUAUAUGAUGUUAAAAUAUUUGCAAUAAACAAUCUUUUUAUUACUUUGGUAUUUAAAAAAUAAAAUUUAAAAAAUUGCAUAUCUCAACAAAAUAUACGGUGAUAAAAGUGAUCAUUAGGAAAAAAAGUUUUCAAACUUAUGUCAAGGACCCCCAGUUAUGUAGAUGCCCUUGUGAGGUAUAACAAGUAUAAGUAUAAAAACCCAUUUAUUGUGUGAGGAAAAUAAUUAUAGUAUUAAAAAGACAACAUGUCUUUACAUCAAAUUAUUUGCUAAAUAAAUAUAAUUAGCUUUUACAUUUUUUUUUAAACUUUUUUUUUUGCUUUUGUUUAGUUUAACCCUAUAAAGCCUGAUAUAUGACAUAAUAAUAAUAAUACAUUUAAUAUGUGAUUUUUUUGGUAUCAUAUUUGAUACAUCGGGCUUUAAAGGCCAUUAUCCUUCUGAGACCCAGAAAAUAAUUUUGGUUUAGGACUUUUGUUAUUUAAGUUUUUCUUAGCCCAUACAUACCACAGCUGUAAAUCUUGGUGUAAGAGGACUCUGGGCUUUUUAGAGAUACCAAAUGUUUGGGUCUUUGGCCAUGACAACUUCCUGUCCAUGGUCUUUAAAAAAUUAUGACAUUACAAUUCAGCACAUUAAAUAGAAAAAUGAAUCAAAUGUUAAAAUAUAUAAAAAUAUACUUUUUAUUUAUUUACAUAUUUUGCUGGGUCUCAGGAGGUUAUAGAUAGAUGACAUCAUGAUAGCUUGUAAUGUAAAACAAAGAGAUCUUUAUAAUGACAGAGAAGGCUGCAUAUAUAAAAAUACAUAAAUAUAAUUUCACACUUUAAAUAAAGCUUAUAAAAAUUAUAUGUAUUUUCAAAGCUCUGUGUGUUUUUGUUUUGUUUUUUGUGGUGGGCAUGAAUGUAAUGGUGAUUGAAAGAUAUACCUCAAAAGCCUGUCGUAUCAUAUUUGAUUCAUGCAUUUUCAACACGAUUUGUCUAUAAAUGCACCAAAUAUGAAAGCACAUGUUGUUUCAAUUCAGUAAAUACUCAUUUUGAAAUAUGAGAAACUUCACUGUUACUUUAUCAAAAUCAGCAAAGAUUUCACAACAAACCCUUGGAAGUGUAUCCACUAUUAAAGUAAAGUUAUAUGGAUAAACCUGAAAAUCAAAGUUUUUUAAUGCACACAAUAUAAAAAAUAUUGUUCCAAAGCAGCUUUAGAGAGAACCUUCCUUAUAACCUUACAGUGUGCCUUUCAACCCUCGGUGAGAAAGCUAAAGGCGACAGUGUUGAGAAGAAACUCCCUAGUGAGAUACAACACAACUGCUGUCAAUAAAAUAAUCAAGACUGAUCUCAUGAUUUCCAAACAGUCUUUAGAAAGCAGAAUGAAACAAAAAUAAUCUCAAAUUUUGUAAAUGCUAACUUGGAAACCCUGGAAUAAAGUACUAGAAUUCAGUGUUUUUAAUUAAAAUAAAGCUCUAUAGAGGUUCAUCAAACUGUAGAGAUCACAUCUUGACCUCACUGCAGAGAGCAUGAGAAAGGGAAUACAGAGAUAAGCAGAUAUUUGUGUGUAGACAGCAAAAACUCAUGGGAAGAAGCUCCAACUCCCUUAGGACCGAAUGACCUAUGAAAUAUGAGUUGUGAUUAUUUGUAGUGUUUGAACUGUGUCAGAGCCAUGGGGGGACGCCACAUUUGAAAGCGAACUAGGGGUUGAAAAAUGGGUGUGUACACAGUAUAUGCUGUGUAAUGUAAAAUGCACAGUAUGCAAUGUAUAAUUGUAUAUGUAACAUAUACAACCUUAUUUUAACACUUUUCAAUGGACAAUAAU